GAAAACGAUGCCCUGAAGAAGGGAUUCUGCUUCCCAGACCACGAGCACACAGAAUACGCAUGAACUCCGGAGUCUCACACAAUCUUCUUUAGCACUCGUAAGUCCUUCCUCAGGCCGCACGACUCACCGCUGCAGGCGCCUGUGCCGAAGAGUCCGAUUCCUGGAUAGCGCUGUUGGACGAGCGGUAACACUGUCUGCACAGCUUCGGUGUAGGCGAUAUCCCCUGUUAGCAGCAUUCCGGGCAGGGCCGACGAAGUGAACCGCCGACUGGAGAAUGUCGGUGGAGACAGAAGCGACAGUAUCAGCUAUUCACGAGAACCGAACUCGCAGACCGUGUCCGAUGAAGAGAGUAACGACGAAGAAAUUGUCUGGCGUGUUUCAGGAGGAGACCGAUUCUGAUUGGGUAGCAGGUCUAAAGAGAUCUCCGCACACCGCGAUCACGGCGGCACCGGAAGCAGGAUGCGUCCCUGCUCUGAGUCUUAAACGCUCCUCUUCAACUCCUGUCCGAGAGAUUAGUCCUGAAAUCCACUGCUCAGAGAAAGGGCAUGAUUAACGAUCUCUAAGCCGCGCCAGAUCUGUCUCUAGUAGAGACGAGGAUGAUGAGAUGCCCCGCAGAAAACGGAGACACCACUCGUCACAGACUGGAAGCACAAAUAGCACAGCAGGCUCCAUGAUCCCCGGGAAUGCUAUCCAGGAGUCGUCGUCAUAUGGCCUCGCACGUUCAAUGAAGGGUCAGGAUGACCAGAAAAAUAAUAUGAGCGAGACCGAUCGCUCUCUACCGCUAAACAGUUCAUGUACUUAAGCAAAACUCCGAUUCUAUCUUGCUACAUAAUAGAUGUGUGAAUAAUACACAGAAUUCAAUCAAGC